AUGUUGGCUGGCGCGUGGGUGGUUGAUUGUUCACUACUGUUAGAAUCGAAGAUAAAUCCAAAUACUGCAUAUCAAAAACAGCAGGACACCCUGAUUGUUUGGUCAGAAGCAGAAAACUACGAUUUAGCACUGAGUUUUCAAGAAAAAGCUGGCUGUGAUGAAAUUUGGGAAAAAAUCUGCCAGGUUCAAGGUAAGGAUCCUUCAGUGGAAGUCACCCAGGACCUUAUUGAGUCAGAAGAGGAACACAUAGAAGAAAUGCCUGAAACUAGUCCUUUGAUUGACCUUCCUACUUGUGAACUCAACAAACUUGAAGAGAUUGCUGACCUAGUUACCUCUGUUCUCUCCUCACCCAUCCGUAGAGAAAAGCUAGCGCUGGCCUUGGAGAAUGAAGGCUAUAUUAAAAAACUACUACAGCUUUUCCAAGUCUGUGAGAAUUUAGAGAACACCGAAGGCUUACAUCAUUUGUAUGAAAUUAUUAGAGGAAUUUUGUUCCUCAACAAAGCAACUCUGUUUGAGGUGAUGUUUUCUGAUGAGUGUAUUAUGGAUGUUGUUGGAUGCCUUGAGUAUGAUCCUUCUUUGGCUCAGCCAAAACGGCACAGGGAGUUCUUGACCAAAACAGCAAAAUUUAAGGAGGUUAUUCCUAUAACAGACUCUGAACUCAGGCAAAAAAUCCACCAGACUUACAGGGUACAGUAUAUUCAGGACAUCAUCUUGCCGACACCAUCUGUUUUUGAAGAGAAUUUUCUUUCUACCCUCACUUCCUUUAUUUUCUUCAACAAAGUUGAGAUUGUCAGUAUGUUGCAGGAAGAUGAGAAAUUUUUGUCUGAAGUUUUUGCACAAUUAACAGAUGAAGCUACAGAUGAUGACAAACGAUGUGAAUUGGUUAAUUUUUUCAAGGAAUUCUGCGCGUUUUCUCAAACGUUACAACCUCAGAACAGAGAUGCGUUUUUCAAAACAUUGGCAAAAUUGGGAAUUCUUCCAGCUCUUGAAAUUGUAAUGGGAAUGGAUGAUCUGCAAGUUAGAUCUGCUGCUACAGAUAUAUUUUCUUAUCUAGUAGAAUUUAGUCCAUCCAUGGUCCGAGAAUUUGUAAUGCAAGAGGCCCAGCAGAGUGAUGAUGAUAUCCUCCUCAUCAAUGUGGUCAUUGAGCAGAUGAUCUGCGAUACUGAUCCGGAACUUGGGGGAGCUGUUCAGCUAAUGGGGCUCUUGCGCACUCUGAUAGAUCCAGAGAAUAUGUUGGCCACAGCUAAUAAAACGGAAAAAAGUGAAUUUCUCAAUUUCUUCUACAACCAUUGUAUGCAUGUUCUUACUGCACCGCUUCUGGCUAAUACAUCAGAAGAUAAAUGUGAAAAAGAUGCAGUAGUUGGGUCCACUAAGAGUAACACAAUUUGUCCUGAUAAUUAUCAAACGGCACAACUACUUGCCUUAAUUUUGGAGCUGCUUACUUUUUGUGUGGAACACCACACGUAUCACAUCAAGAAUUACAUUAUGAACAAAGAUUUGCUAAGAAGAGUACUGGUCUUGAUGAAUUCAAAACACACAUUUCUGGCCUUGUGUGCUCUUCGCUUUAUGAGGAGGAUAAUUGGCCUAAAAGAUGAAUUUUAUAACCGUUAUAUCACCAAGGGAAACCUGUUUGAACCAGUUAUAAAUGCUCUGUUGGAUAAUGGAACUAGGUACAACCUGCUCAACUCUGCUGUGAUUGAGCUGUUUGAGUUCAUCAGAGUGGAAGAUAUUAAGUCCCUUAUUGCACAUAUAGUUGAAAACUUUUAUAAUGCACUUGAAUCUAUCGAAUAUGUUCAGACAUUCAAGGGAUUGAAGACAAAAUAUGAGCAAGAAAAAGACCGACAAAACCAGAAACUGAACAGUGUUCCAUCUAUAUUGCGUAGCAAUAGAUUUCGCAGAGAUGCAAGAGCCUUAGAGGAGGAUGAAGAAAUGUGGUUCAAUGAAGAUGAAGAGGAAGAAGGUGAAGCUGUUGUACCUCCAGUUGAGAAGUCAAAACAGGAGGAUGAUUUUCCAGAUAGCUAUGAAAAAUUUAUGGAAACUAAGAAAGCUAAGGAGAGCGAAGACAAAGAGAAUCUUCCAAAAAGGACUUCAGCUGGGGGAUUCAAAUUCACUUUUUCCCACUCAGCCAGCCCAGCCAAUGGUGCAAACGGUGCAAACAGUAAAUCCGUGGCAGCUCAGACGUCACCAGCAAGUUCCAAUGGCUCCUCUUCAAAGAACGCAACCCUGACCACAGCGGUGACAGCCACGAAGGGAAGUCUAGUUGGCCUAGUGGAUUAUCCUGAUGAUGAAGAUGACGAUGAAGAGGAGGAGACAUCUCCAAGGAAAAGACCACGUCUGGGUUCAUAAAUGAAACCAAAAUGUUGGAAUAAGAACUUGUAUUAUGGGGUUUCAAAUGCUGCAACUGUUUUAAGAGCUAAAAAGAAUCCGAUUCAGAAAGCUUUCUCCCAUGAGUAUAUAAAGAUAAUACAAGGAGUAGCAAAAGAAACUCAGUAUAUCAGCUAGAAAGUGUUAGUUCUGUAAACACAAAGCUUCCCAGGAACUUAAUAUCUUUCUAGUAAGUAAGGAGUCUGCCAUUCAGGCUGUCAAAAAAAUAAAAAUUUUAAAAAAAAAAG